GCUAUAUAACUCGUAUCACGAACACUAUCUAGUCUACUAGUCUAGUCUAGAAUAGAAUAAGAAUGGUGUUGUGGUCGUAUCCUUCAACUCCAAAGCAGCUCUCUCUCACUCUCUGCGGUAUCUUCGUCGGAAUCUCUUUCAUCUCCGCCGGCGCUUACUUCUCCUACUCCAACAUCGGCCCUCAACAAGCCCGCGUUAAGGCCCGAAAGGACUACGUCAAAUCACGUCUCAGGCGGCUCCUCCAAGAUUAGUUAGUGCGGAGUAAAUUGUUCCAUACAUGUUUCCAAAUGCUGUUCUUCACCUUUUCGGAUUUCUAGGUACUACUCUAAUUAAUUUUUUCCUGCUAGUUUUUAUGUUUUUGCUUCCUUCUUCUGUUGUUGGAAACAGGGAUUACGCAUUCAUUCUUAAAUAUGAUUAUGGAGGGGUGUGUUUGGGAGUUGGUUUUGGAGGGGUGGGGAAGGUUGAUAGGGUUUAUGACCUCCUUUCCAUGUUUUGAAGUUUAUAAAACAGGAGGGCUCAUGUGGCCCUCCAAAACAGCUCAAUUUUUGAGUUCCCCAAUUUGGAGGGUUUUGAAGAAUAAUUAACAAAAUGUUAAUUUAACCUCAAUUAGAAAUAAAUAUCAAUUGAUUAUUUGAAUGCGUCAUCUCAAAGUGAUUUUAAUUAUAAUUCAUUCAAAAACUCUCACUCCUCUCCCUUUCCCCUCCAACAACAUACCAGGCUUCCCCUCCCCUUCCCUCCAAACUCCCAAACAUACCCUUAAAGUUUCCCUUGCGUGUGAAGAGUAGAGAGCAAUGGAGCAAGGAUUUAAACUAAAUUGCACAAAGUAUGGGGGUUUAGAGUUACGAAAUCUGGGGUAGAGAUUGAAGAAAAGAGGUGGGGAAGCAGGGAAAAUUAUAGGAAGAAAGGUUCUUUUUCUUCAUUCAUCACAAGAGGAAACAAUUCAAUCGUAUUGCUUCAAUCCUUGUAGGUUAAAAAUGAAAAGUUAUAAAUUGGGAUCUCCAGCUCAGCAUAUGUUAUCAGGAUGUAUUAGAUUUAGCCUGGUGAUUUUUAUCAAACCUUUUCUUUUAAGUCCCUGCACUCUGCAUUCUUUAUAGAUUCUUUACAGAUAUGCUGGCCUUUUGUCUUAUUUAUAUUUUACCUCAAUUCUUACACAAUAUUUGAAUCUUCUCAAUUGGAUAUUAGGAUUCAAAUGUGUAUAGUAAUUCUGUAAUUGUAAGUCAAAGUUACAAUAUGAAGGAAGAAACAAGUAAGCAUUUCUACAAGUUUACAUUCAUCUUUCUUUGAUCAAGUGUUUUCCAGUGGACAUUGGCUGAUUCUUUGUCCUCCGUUACUGGCAAUUCAAUAAUUUGGUACAGGAUUCUUGAUCUUUCUUGUUACAGUGUAACUGUCUUAUUGGUGCAUCAUCUGGAGCAACUGUACGCAUCUAAGAAGCACCCACACUCACGUUUCCCCUUUUUGAAACUUGCUGGAAACCCGGACACCUGGAAAUUUAAAAGUCUCAUUCCAGGGCUGUUUCUGUAAUUAAAAAGAAUCGGGAAAUUCAUUUCGCUAAAUAAUUAGCUUUUCAGAAAGUUCGGGAGUCCAUUUUUCUUCUUCUUUAGGGAAAGUAGUGUGUAUAUUUUUUUAAAAUAAUAGUGGUUUUCUGGGAUUUUUUCUUUGCAACAUCGUGAUAUUUCAUAACACAGUGCAUUGCUAGAAAUGUAUUGUAUUUUUUAACUAAUUAUAUACUAAUAUGUAAUAAUUUCUAAAUUUGAACAUGGGGACUCUAUUUAUUACUGUUUCCCCAUGUUUUGUAUCCUUUUUUUAAUCUCAUUUGUCAUUUCACGUGUCCGUGCUGCGUAGGUCUGCAUAAGUUGAAUAUGUGUUUGUCCAUUUUGUACCCCGUUGAGUUUUUGUAUUUGAAUUGGUGACAUGAAUAGGUAUUGUUUAUGUUCACUAUCACCAGCUAUUGGGAGUUGUGACCUUCAUUUGUUUGUGUUUGUGUUAUAUAUACAUGUGUAUUUUAGUAUGCAUAUAUGUGUCUGUGUGUAUCCUUCCUUAUAGGAGCAUAUGCUAAGAUAUGAAGCUUGACAUGUUUCGUUUUCUACUAUGCUGUUUUCGAGUGUUGUGAACCACUGAUUUCUAUUUAUACCAGUAUUGAUCAGGACUAAAUGCUUUCUGGUCUCAGGCAGUUCACAAAAACACAAAAAUCAAUAAACCUGUUAGGCUGUCAGCUUUGGAUUACAACGCUGUGCUCUAUGGAAAGCACCCCACAAUCAAGUGUCCAAAUGCCACCUACAGUCAACCUUACACGGGCAUAUACACUUGCUGUUCAAACCCCCUCUUUUAGUGAGAUAUGGACCAAGUUUCAUCAUGACACCAUUUCUGAACAGAAUAUUGAUGUAGCUGAACUUAAUUUUGAGGACGAAACCGUGAAAUUAGAGGAUGUACUUAAACUAAGUCAUGAUGAUAUAGAAGUAGCACUUUCUGAAAUAGGAGUUGACAAUUUUUCCCAACUUGUCUUUAACUUCUUUAACCACAGCGAGGAAACGGCCCGGAAAUGUCUGUUUCUUUCUGAAAGCAUCCGCCAUGCUCGCCGCUUAUAUGACCCUCUGGAUAAACUUAUUGAUACUGUAGAUAAAUAUUCCCUUUCGCAAGACCAAUGUGAUGCAGCAUUCGACGUAUUUCAUCAAAUCGACAAAAUUGAAAAUCCAUUCCCCGGGUCCAACAGCAUUUUCAACGAUAUGCAUAAUUGCUACUUCCAACUGAAGAAACAGAUUGACCUUCUGAUUGGGAAUUCUCGCUCAAAGCUUCAGCUUCUCCGUCAUGCAACCAGAGGUUGUACCAUAUGCUUUCUUGUUGUUGCUGUCGGAGUGGCCACCUGUGCUAUUCUGAUCGCCACUCCUGCUCUCGUUAUCCUUUUUGCUACCCCAGUCUGUCCUACUUUCUUUCCUGUGAAGAUAAACAAAAGAGAAUCGGCUCGUCUGGUGCAGCUUGAUGGUGCUUUGAGGGAAACUUUUGUGCUCGACAAUUACCUUGAGACCCUUGAUUGUUUAGUUGAUCCUUUGCAUAAUUCAGUGGAGGACCUUAAGCGUGAUGUUCGGUUUGUGCUUGAGAGAAGCAUGGACAAAUAUAUCUUUCAGGCGGUUCUCAAGCAACUGGAAAGAAAGAAUCAGAAGUUUGUAGACCAACUUAUUUGUCUUGAGGUGCACUUAUGCCUAUGCUUUACUGCUAUAAACCGGGCUAGAUCUGUCCUUUUCAAUUAUCUACUUUUUCAUCAAAUUCAUCCAUCUUAACAUUCAUAUCUGUUUCCCUUUUUGGUUUGUGAAAAGUGCUAUUAUGUUGAACUUUGAAUUAGUUAAGACUCCCAGAAGUUGUAGUUUCACAACACAUAAACACAUUCAAGGGGCAGUAAAGUCACACCAUACGUAAUUUCAUAUUCAAACAAGGAGAAGGCAUGAGGCUUGGAAAAUAAAGGAGCAAAAGUAUCAAGGCAUGUUUUCCAUCAAACAAGGAGAAGGCAUGAGGCUUGGAAAAUAAAGGAGCAAAAGUAUCAAGGCAUGUUUUCCAUCAUUUGCAAUGGAGCCAAAGAUUCAUUAUUUUUUGGUUUGAGAAUAUGAUGGAAUAAAGCAAAAUGACUCACUAAACUGUCUGCGCUUCUUUGUUAUGAAGCAGCAGUCAGUCUAUGCAAUUUUGGACGCGAUUUUCACUAUGGGUCAUCCGGAAACAGUUUCUCUGCGCUUUAGUACAGGGGUAAGACUGCGUACAUCCGACCCCCCUUACCCCACCGUAGGUGGGAGCCUUUGCGGCACUGGGGUAAAUGAAAAUGAAAUGAUGAAAAUGAAAAGUAUCAAGGCAUGGUGAUAUAUUUAGAAACCAACCAGAAAUUAUCAAUUGCAGGGUUUUGGUUAACCAUGCUGCGAGUUCUGCAUUAUUCUUUUGGAUUUUGCAUCUAUAAUGGGCCUGUGAUUUUAUUCAAGUAUAAUGAAAGUUGGGAUACAAUGUUCGACGCGAUUUUCACUAUGGGGUCAUUCGGAAACAGUCUCUUUGUGCUUUAAUACAGGACUACAGGGGUAAGAAUGCGUAUAUCCGACCCUCUCUAACCCCACCGUAAGUGGGAGCCUUUGCGGCACUAGGGUUAUGAUGAUGAUAAUGAUAGUUGGGAUAGAGGAUUAAGUUGUCUGCUGAUUUUCACCUAUUGCAUUUUCUUUGUGUUCGUGGUGAUCUUUGGUCCAUUACACAUUGCAGGAAUAAUUUUUCUAAUUUACACAUGCAAUAUCCUGAUUAAUCGUCUCCCGACUCUCCCCUAUUAUUGUUCCCCUAUUAUUCUUACCAAAUGAGAACAAAAACCAACCUAGAAGUGAUGUUUUGCACUGGCCAUUAAAUUUACUCACAAGCAACCCAUAGAGAACGGGAGAGUGGAGCCAACUCAAAUUAGGAUGGACUGGCCCGAUUAUGGGCUAGUUUUAGUUGGACCUGCUGGCAGGAAUGGAUUUAGGCGCCCACCCCUUCGAAUUUCAAAUUUUUUGUACGUAAUAUUUUCAUAACUUUUUACUCCCUCCAUCCCAAAAAGGUUUGUCAAAUUGACUUUUAUUGGUCAAUGGUAAUUAAGUUUGACCAACAACAAUAUUCAAGUCUUAGCCCCAAAAGUUAUUGGGGUUGGCUAACAUGAAUCGUUACAUGAUAUCACCACCAAAAGGAAAAGAAAGAAAAUAAAGAUAAAAAAAGAUAAGCUAUUUUAAAAAAGAUAAUAUAAGAAGAGAUGAAUAUACCAAAAAAUGAUAAAAUAAAAAGGAUAAAAAUAAUGUUUAUAUAUAUAAGGAUAAAAGGAUAAAAAACAAGACAAAAAAAAGAUGAGGGGAAAAGAUAAUACGAGAUCACUCUUUCACACGAAUACCUGCCCUUCACUUUGAUCUCCCCAAAGUCAUACCUUCAUCCAGCCCUAGAAGAAGCAUAUCAUUUCGGACUCCCUUAACCCACCUCUGUUUGGGCCUUCCUCUCCCACUCUUCCUUGCUUCUUCUCCACACAUCUCAGCUCGUCUGAGAGGUGCAUCACUCGGUCUUCUACGCACAUGACCAAACCACCAUAGGCGUGACUCCCGCAUCUUGUCUUCAAUAUGUGCUACUCCCACUCUUUGUCAGAUUGUCUCAUUCCUCAUGUGAUCCUUCAUAGUAUGCCCACACAUCCAACGUAGCAUGCGCAUCUCUGCCACACUCAUCUUUUGAAUGUGACAUUGUUUCACCGCCCAACACUCUACGCCAUACAGUAAUGCAGGCCUAAUUGCAUGCUGUCCUAUAAAAUUUACCCUUCAGUAUAGUCGGCAUACCUCUAUCGCAUAUAAAUCAUGACGUACUCUUCCACUUCAUCCACCCUAUUCUGAUUCUAUGGGAUACAUCUUCAUCUGACUCACCAUCAUGAAUUAUGGAGCCCAAGUAACGGAACAUAUCGCUGACCGGUAUCUCCUUACCAUCUAAAAUAAUUCUGCUAUUACCACUGCUUCUACCUACACCAAACUUGCACUCCAUGUAUUUUGUCUUGUUUUGACUUAGUCUGAAACCCUUGUUCUCCAAUGUUUGUCGCCAUACUUCCAACUUUGCUUUAAGACCUGAUUGCGUUUCAUCAAUCAAUACAAUAUCGUCGGCAAACAUCAUGCACCACGGUAUUUCGUUUUGAAUUGACUUCGUAAGUUCAUCCGUGACUAUGGCAAAUAAGAAAGGGCUCAAAGCCGAUCCUUGGUGCAUUCCUAUAGUAAUAGGAAACUCUGCAGUCCUCCCUACACUAGUACGGACACUGGUAGUACAAUCCUCAUACAUAUUCAUGAUGAUGUUGAUAUACUUGCGUGAUAUGCCUUUUCUAGUUAAGGCCCACCAAAGAACUUCUCGACGUAUCCUAUCAUAAGCCUUUUCUAAGUCAAUGAACAGCGUCUCUAUACUUCUCCAUAAGUUGCCGAAGAAGGUGAAUGUCGUCAGUUGUUGAGCGACCGGGC